UCCCACUCUACAGAAAAAAUCUGCACAGACCUGGAGAUUGUCCACGUUUACAGCUUUCCCACCCGGCCCACCCGCGCAACGCAACGCAGUCUGCAACAGUUCAGUCUGCAACGUCAAUGCCCUCCUUUGAUUUAUUUCAGCAAAGCGUGUAAAGAUGUGUUUCCUGUGCCUUUUGCUCUCCUUUCUCUGUGCGUGCUCCGUCGUGGACUGCAAUCCCAGCCCCGUGUUGGGAGAUGUAGCCGUGGACAGAUACUUUAUUCCUAAAGAAUGCGCCAGAGAUGCAAAAGACGGAGAUUAUGUGCGCUACCAUUAUAACGCCACUUUCCUGGACGGAAAGGCCUUCGAUUCCAGCUACCAGCGUGGAGCCGCCAAAGUGGGCCUGAUCGGCGAGGGUCGCCUCCUGGUCGGCGUGGACAAAGGGCUGCAGGGGAUGUGCGUAAACGAGCGCAGGAAGAUCACCGUCCCUCCACACCUGGCCUACGGAAGCACCGGUGCAGGUGACGUGGUUCCUCCUGACGCCACGCUGGUCUUUGACAUCCACCUGGUGGAUUUGUGGAACAAAGCCGACCUGGUUGUCACGACAACGGUGAGCACUCCCCAAGACUGCAAGCGCUCUGUGAUGCGGACAGAUUUCGUGCGGUACCACUUCAACGGCACGCUGCUGGACGGCACCGUCUUUGAUUCCAGCUACAUCAAGAAGCAGACGCAGAACUCCCUGGUGGGCGAGGGCUGGCUCAUUAAGGGCAUGGACGAGGGCCUGCUGGGCAUGUGCGUGGGGGAGAUCCGACACAUCGUCGUCCCGCCGUUCAAAGCGUACGGAGAGAAAGGAUCAGGUGAGGAGAUUCCUGCCCAGGCGACUCUGGUGUUUGACGUCCUGUUAGUGGACAUUCACAACCCGAAGGAUAACAUCACUGUCGAGAACCAGGUGGUGCCAGAGUCGUGCUCUCGGCGGUCUGUGGUCGGUGACUACAUCCGGUAUCACUACAACGGGACCUUCCUGAACGGAGUCACCUUUGACACCAGCUACCAGAGGAACAGCACCUACAACACUUACAUCGGGAUGGGAUACGUGAUCCCGGGAAUGGACCAGGCCCUGCAGGGAGUCUGCGUCGGGGAGAGGAGGAGAGUCAUCAUCCCUCCACACUUGGCUUACGGAGAGCAAGGAGCUGGUGAUGUGAUCCCCCCGUCUGCUGUUCUCGUCUUCGACAUCGACGUCAUCGACUUCCACAACCCCAGUGAUAAAGUGGAGUUUCAGACCCUCCACAAACCUGAGGUCUGCAAUGACACCUCUGCAGAGAACGACCUGGUCCACUACCACUACAACUGCUCCCUGAUGGACGGCACGCUGCUCUUCUCCUCACACGACAACGAGAACCUUCAGGAUGCAGUUCUUGGAGCGGACAAGGUGAUCGACGGCCUGGACGAGGGUUUGCGGGGCAUGUGCGUCGGCGAGAGGAGGCUGAUCACAGUGCCGCCUCACCUCGGACACGGGGAGAGAGGAGCCUCUGGCGUGCCGAGCAGUGCAGUGCUGGUGUUUGACGUGGAGCUGGUGAGCCUGGAGAAAGGGGUGCCACCGGGUUACCUGUUCGUGUGGCUGGACAGUCCUCCUGAAGACAUCUUUAACGUCCUGGACAUGAACAAGAACGGGGAGGUGCCACAAGAGGAGUUUGGGGAGUUUAUCAAGCUGCAGGUGGAUGAGGGCAGAGGUCGCAUCAAGCCUGGACUGACCAUGGAGCAGGUCGUGUCUGACAUGUUCCAAAACCAGGACCGCAACAAGGACGGCGUGAUCACGGCCAGCGAGCUCAAACUCAAGGUGGACGAAGACAAGGAGCGCGAUGAGGCGAAGCACGAGGAGCUGUGAUGAGCGCAUUUUAGAUGCUUUAGCUCUCUCUCAGGGAUCAAACCCAACACCUUCAACAGACAAACAGACACUCUUCCCAUCAGCACCACACUUUAUUGUCCUUCGUUUCACAUCGGACAAUCUUGCGAAAUGAUAAAAGAAAAACAAAGGAGUUUUAAUAAGAUGUACAAUUGUAAAAGCACCUUUAUUUGAUCCUGAACGUCACAGUCAUUAAAAUGUUCUUAAGAAGAACCAGUUUCCGCUUUUAAAUUAUAAUAUUAUGCAGCUGCACCCACACUUAUGGGAGAAAAACCAUGCAAAGUGAUCGUUAUGGUUUCAGUAAACAUAAACCUGUAAACUGUGUGUAAAAUGCUUACACAAGACAAUAAUGAUGUUUUCUGUUGAAGUUGAGAUAAAAUUAUAUGUCGUCUGAA